AAGAGAACUUUCCCGAAAUUUUCAACGAGUAUGAGAGCUCGGGUUAGGAUAGUCGAAGGCUGUCCGCUAACCCUUUGAAUCCACAUCAGCGCUUCAUGCAUGAGACAAGCUAGUAGGAACCGGUUAACCCGAAUGUUAAACCAACACAGCAACCCGCUUCCUUGGUGUUCCUUUGAUGAGGAGCUUACUAGUUGUAUCACCUUCCUCCCGCACAUCUUGUGCAAGCAGUAGCCCUGAAGCCCACGCUUGGCGCUUGAACCCCACCAUCACACAGAUCUGCUGUGAGCUUUUGUCAUUGAAGUGCAGCAGCAGUUGCCAUAGUCGGGACUGCAAGGUGGUGGAGUCUUUGAUUCAAAGGACUUCAUACUGUGGGAGCACAACCAGGGGCAAUGGCGCCUUCGAAAGCUGGUCUGAUUGUGACCACCACGCAAAGUCUGCCGUUCUCAGUGAUUGGCAAUUUUCAGGCACAGUUCAGUCUAGGCAGCGCCGUCCAUGUGGUGACACAAGCCGGACAGCUAGGUACCUUGGAUGCGGAGCCAUCCUCCUUUGGCGCAGUCCUGUCCCUCUCGGAUGUUCCUGGCCACCACACAGACGCCUUCUUGGCGGAGCUCUCUAGGGUGCUCCAGCCGGGGGGCACCUUGCAGCUGCAAGAGCCGGUGGCCCGCCGCAAAGCAUCCCAGGAUGAAGCAAAGAAGCUUGGGGGGGCGCUUGUAUCCAGGCUGCAAACUCAGGCAGACGUUGAGAGGCUCCUCCUACUGGCGGGCUUCUCAGCAAAGGAGAACAUCCCCGCGCUACCAGAGGGGGGCCUGGCCAAGCAGUGGACUGGCAUCACACCCGCGUCCAUAGGUUCGAUACAAGGGCCUCUCGUACAGCCUUUUGCGGUGAAAGUACAGAAGCCUCAGUGGAGCACAGGGACGUCGUUUGCCCUGAAGAAAAAGGUCGCAAAGUCAGCCGCUUCUGCAGCACCCAACGGCGCCGCCAAAGCGCCCGUGCGCCUCUCCGCCACCGACAUGGAUGACGUCAUCAUGGCCCCACAGCCCCCUGCGCCCGCAGUCCCGAGCACGAGCGGGCAGAGCAGUGUGUGGAAGAUGACGAUGGAUGACGACGAUGCCGAGCUGGUGGACGAGGAUGCGCUGCUGACAGAGGAGGACAUGGUGCGGCCGGCGCUGCCAAAUAACCCCGUCACUGACGACUGCGGGGCGUCUGGGCGCAAGGCGUGCAAGAAUUGCACCUGCGGGCGGGCCGAGAUGGAGGAAGCGGACCCCAAGACAACUGUGAAGGCCGUGCUGACCAGCGACCUGCUGGAGAACCCGCAGUCAGCAUGUGGAAGCUGCGGCCUAGGUGACGCCUUCCGGUGUUCCGGUUGUCCGUACAAGGGGCUGCCUGCGUUUAGACUCGGCGAGAAGAUUAGCCUACCAACCUCUUUUUUGACCGCCGAUGCAUAGGGGGCUGCUGAGGACGUGGGCGCUCAUCGUCUAGUGUUUGAGGAGUUAUGAAGAGUCGAUUGUGAUGAGGACUUUGAUAGUAAGGACUGCAGCAAACUCUUGGUAAUGACCAAGGGCAAUUCUGCAACUGGGAUUUAGCCAUAACUUUCACGUUCUAUACCUCUACCGCGCGAUGAAUUGACGCUUCAUCGCGGGGGGUGAUCUUCUCGGAUCAGCGGACCUAAAAUGCGCUUAUCCGUGGCCAAGCGCAUGAUUUUGCAGGAUUGUACGCAAUCUUUUCGGCCUUUGCACAAAAUUGUAUCGCAAUGAGGUCAUGCCUCGAGCAGUGUCACG